CCUCACUUUCUGUGCGACCUACACGCUUUCUCGGGGGGUUUUUUUUUGGGGGGAAGGAAAUGCGCGAACCUCGCUUCUUCAAGUUCAAGCGUCUUCCUUUCAACAACUUUUUCUUGUCCUUGAAUGGCAAUGGCCUCUCAGGCGCCACCGGGCCCGUGAAUGGCCCUCAGAUUGGCUCGAUUCCCCAUGAUCAACGAUGGCCAUUGUUGAAAGACACGAUCGUCCAUCUCUUCAUGGAGGAAAAUCUGACCCUCCCGCAGCUUGCUGCAAAGAUGAAGCAAGAUCACCGCUUUGAUGCUCAGCCAACGCACUACCGCUAUCGCCUCAGACAGUGGGGGGUUAGAAAGCGCAUGGUGAAGAAAGAGAAGGACGAGAUCAUCAUGCGCCAUGCCAAGCGCGCUCGAACAGCCGCCAGCACGUCGGACCUUGCCAUCUUUCAGGGCGAAUUCGCAAAGGAGAUGACUGAGACACGCAAGAAGCAGCUGAAGCGUUAUAUUGGCGAUCAAAUACGGCACAAACCCGAGCCAGACUUGGCCAGCGGAAUAUUCAUGCGCUGGAGUCUACCGUACGCAGCUGUGCUAUCCAACGCCGGCAUACCUCUGGGCCACCCCUCACCAUUCGGUCAAGAUGGGGCCUCGCCUGGUUUUAUUAUCGUCGAUAGCUCGCACAGCACAGAAUCCCCUCUCUCAUCACCAGCCGCCGCAUCGCCCACCACGCGGAUGAUCCAGGACAAGGCCAAGCUCGACCGAGCAGACCUUUUUAUCGAAGGCCGACUUAAGGAACUUUUGACCCGGCUCUCUCCUGAUGACCGAAGACUGACAGUGUCAUGGCUCCACGAUCUUUGGAUGUUCUCCUUCAUGACCGUCAAGUACUAGGGACGCGGCCCCGAGGCAUAGACCCAGGAUUUGAUUGCUGCUAAGAGUCUUAGUCAAUCAUCGCCCACUCCUAGAGCCAUUCUGCCCUCUGUCGCAUUCCCUUGCUCCACAAUCCAAGACGAAUCAAUCCAGGGCCCGAGUCAGUUGUGCCGGUGGACAAUUCACUAUGAGGAACCCGUGGA